AUGUCGGCCACAAACGCCAAGCGCAAGCGCGUAAUGAAAGCAUGCAUUCCCUGCCAUCAGCGCAAACGAAAAUGCGACGCUGUGUAUCCAUGUACUAUGUGCACCGCGUACGGAUAUAUCUGCGAGUACGUCGACCAAAACACUGGUACUAGGGGAGCUGGUGAAUCUGUCCCGCCCCCAGCGAAACGCGUCAACGCGGACGGUGACAAUCGACCGAUGACUUGGACCGCCCAAGGCCACAAUCGGGGCAUUGCAAAUGGCACAGAGCAGCUCCGCCAGGACGGGGCGAGCCCGAAAGACAGUCCCGCUACGGUGGCCGGCGCGUCCCCCGGCAUCUUUGACGAACAAAAGCUCAAAUACUCUGGGGCAUCAGCCGCGAUGGCAUUCCCGCGAGUUCUAGGCGCAGCUCUCGGCUCCGACACUCCUCCAGAGGUGCGGUCAUACGCUUAUAAUUUUGGUGUUCGUCCCGAGGAGCCCUCGAACGAGCACGGUUUCCUAGGGAAUAUCAUCGACGAGGUGGACCUGAUUCUUUGGUCCCAAUUGUCCAAUGCUGUCCUAGCCCCCCUUCGUGACUUGAUAGAUCUCUCAAUCUUCAGCCAGCGAUGCCUGGACUACUACCGUCACCCUGGUGGCAAUGCGGCCUUUGCGGCUGUCGCUGCUGGUACCGCUGCUCUCGCGUCAUUUCUAUCGUCCAUCAACCAUAAGCUCGAAUCCGAGCUAGUGAAAUACGCCAAGUCCAUUCUUAAUGACCCGGCUUCUAUGCGAUCACAUGAAAUCGACUACAUUCUCGCAUGGGGUCUCCGUGUCCUCUACCUGCGGCUCACGUCAAGACCGAGUAACGCCUGGAUUGCAUCCUGCACGCAGAUGCACUUGUGUGAAGCGGCAGGGCUCCACGAAGAAGAAACAAUACAGAAAAUAGCAUCUCUUGCUGACCCUUCUUCUGGAUAUAAUGCGGACCGACUCAGAAGGAUUUUCUGGUUCUCGUGGGCCGGCCACGUAAUGCUGUCUUAUGAAUAUGACCGGUCUCCGGUAGUGUUCCGCUCUGUGACAGUCCGGCCCAUUACUGCGGUACAGGACAGUGUUACAGACCAGUUUGUACAAUUGGUUCAAAUCAUCCCGUCACCGAACUCCCCAUACCAGCUCGACGGGCCCCCUCGAACCCCUAGCGAAGAGCUCUUUGGGCGUUUCAAAGCACUCGACGAAUGUCGAUUCACAGAUCCGUUCCUGGUGGUAACCAAAGCAGAUAUUGCGUUCUGCUUCUACAGACGUCUGUACCAACUCAAGGUCCUCAUGCCGGAUGAUAUGGUUAAGAUCAUCAUUCAUUGCGGCAACGAAGCCGUAAAAGCUGCUGUCAAACAAGCCAGCGGAGGUACCCUCCUUUGGAACGCCAUCGGCAGCGUCUUCCAGUAUACCUGCAUCUUGUUAGCGAUUGAUACAGCCGCGACCUCCGUGCACAUCAGCUCCGCGUUUAACGGUCUAGAGAGCUUGGUCAAGACCGCUGAUACAAGACUCACGCGCGAAGCACUGUCUAUGGCGCGACACCUCCUCGGUCUCAAUAUGGCGAAGAAGCGGAAGGAAAUUGCGCGACUGGAAGCCGUUGAGGCGGAAUGUGAAGCAUUCGAAACAUUAUCGGUUUCCGAGGAAAGCACGGCGCUUCCGGAUGUGGAGUUGGGGAUCGACUGGGAUCAGUUCUUUAUGGAGCCAUAUUCCGCCAUGUUCAGCAUUGACUUUUAG